AUGGCUGCGGCGAUAGCCAGCUCCUUGAUCCGGCAGAAGCGACAGGCGAGGGAGUCCAACAGCGACCGGGUGUCGGCCUCCAAGCGCCGCUCCAGCCCCAGCAAAGACGGGCGCUCCCUGUGCGAAAGGCACGUCCUCGGGGUAUUCAGCAAAGUGCGCUUCUGCAGCGGCCGCAAGAGGCCAGUGAGGCGGAGACCAGAACCCCAGCUGAAAGGAAUUGUGACAAGGUUAUUCAGCCAGCAGGGAUAUUUCCUGCAGAUGCACCCAGAUGGUACCAUUGACGGGACCAAGGAUGAAAAUAGUGACUACACCCUCUUCAAUCUAAUUCCUGUGGGCCUGCGUGUGGUGGCUAUCCAAGGGGUGAAGGCCAGCCUCUAUGUGGCCAUGAAUGGUGAAGGCUAUCUUUACAGCUCAGAUGUUUUCACUCCAGAAUGCAAAUUCAAGGAAUCUGUAUUUGAAAACUACUAUGUGAUUUAUUCUUCCACACUGUACCGUCAGCAAGAAUCAGGCCGAGCAUGGUUUCUGGGACUCAAUAAAGAAGGUCAAAUUAUGAAGGGAAACAGAGUGAAGAAAACCAAGCCCUCAUCACAUUUUGUACCAAAACCUAUUGAAGUGUGUAUGUACAGAGAGCCAUCACUUCAUGAAAUUGGAGAAAAACAAGGGCGUUCAAGGAAAAGUUCUGGAACACCAACCAUGAAUGGAGGCAAAGUCGUGAAUCAAGAUUCAACAUAGCUGAGAACUCUUCCCUUCGUCCCUCUCUCAUCCCUUCCCUUUCUCCCCCCUACUUUUCCCAUUUCCUUCCAAUAAAUCCACCCAAGGAGAGGAAAAUAAAAUGGCAACCCAGGACCUAGUGACUAAGAUUCUGCACUCAAAAAUCUUCCUUUGUGUAGGACAAAGAAAUUGAACCAAAGCUUGCUUGUUGCAAUGUGGUAGAAAAUGCACAUGCACAAAUAUUAGCACAUAUAAAAUCAAGAGAAAAAAAUAAAUCAAGACACCACAACAUUGUGCUGUUAUUAAUAGAAGGCUAAUUAUAAUGAAAACAUAACUAUAAUAAAUUUGAAAUAAAGUUAUUAUCUUAAUGACAAGGGUUUUGGAGAAUUGAACUUACAAAUCAAUGUAAUACCCUGAAUAACUUAAACUUUGGAUAAUGCUGUGAUGUGUGCUUCCUGUUGAAUUUGAAUUUUCUUUGGGCAUCUGGAAUUGACACAUAAUUACAUUCUGUUUCCAGGAUUUUUUUUUACCAUGAUAUUAAACAUGUACAAAUUAUAGAUUCUUCUAAUUCCCAUAUGGUAUAAGCCAGAAAUCAUUUAAAAGUUUAAACUUUUAUUCUUGAAUUUGUUACUUACAAUUAUUUUAUGCAAAAGAUAGACUUCUGUUGAAUUUAAUAGUAUUAGCUGAUUUUAUUCCUUUAUAAAGAGUUUCAGAUUCACCUAGGAGAUUAUCAUAUUUUUAUCAAAAUAAUUAAUCCAGGAUCUCAUUUUUUUUAGUUAUUUAGAAAAAAAAAUGUGUUCUAAGGCUGAGGUUACUUUUGAGAAUUCUGUGUCAUUGCCAUGCUUGGGCAGGGAUGAAUAAGUUAUAUGCACUUAUCAUUUGGUCUGAUUUUUCAUUGUGCACAGCUUGGAGAGUAUUGGUGCAUGUCUAGCUGUGUUAAAGAGUUUUGUACCAUCUCUUGCAGCAGGAAAGAAAGAAAAGGGGUUUCACACAAGGAAAUAAAUCCUAGGAUAUUGGUCAAAGCAAAUCGUUUUUGCCUUUGUACCUUACCAGAAUUUUGUGUAUGUAGCACUUUCCAAACUUCACCAAGAAAUUGGGAGGCAUGAAUGUGAAAUUCCUAAUUUAUUAUCUCAUGAAGCCAGUGGCUUGCUUGUUACUCUAUAUCCUUGUUAAUAAGUCUAGUUGACAGUAACUGUCUCCUAGAACACAGAAGGGAAGUUGAUACAUUGAAUUUUCAAGGGGCAUAGAGAAAGGAUAUAGAAUUAACAGCUAUGGUUCCAACACACAGGGUUGUGUGAGCUUAAAGUAGUAAAAAACAACAACAACAACAACAACAAAAACAACUCAGUGUAAGGACUGGGAAAAUGCAUAGUUAGGAAUACUAAAGUAUUAGGAAAGCAUUAGGAAAGAAAUUAACGUAAUACAAU